GAGAGAGAGAGAGAGAGAGAGAGAGAGAGCUAAACGACUCAUUGGAGGUUCAUCCAAGCGCUCAGGACGCACAAUCAGCGCUCCAAAAGGACUCAAAAAAAGAAAAAAGAAAAAAAGGAGAAAGCCCUCAGCGCUCCUUCAGUCCUGCCAUCUAAUAGUCAGUGCAAGUGGAUAUUAUUUACACCUCUACAUACUUUUUGUUCCUUUUUGUGCGUUUAUUCGCACAUACCGACUGGAGAGAUCGGAUUUUGAGGGCAAGAGAUUGUUGUUGUUGUUUUGUUUUUUUAGAAACAAUCUUUAUUUUUUACUUGUGAAGAAAUGCAUCGGUUCACAGCAGUGCUACUUUUGUUAGUGGUGGCCCUGUACGUCCUGAGCGCAGAAGCCUACAAGUGCAGGUGCACCAGAAAAGGACCAAAGAUCAGAUAUAAGGACGUACAGAAGCUGGAGAUCAAACCCAAACACCCGUACUGCCAAGAGAAGAUGAUAUUCGUGACGAUGGAGAAUGUGUCUCGGUUCAAAGGGCAGGAGUACUGUCUCCAUCCUAAACUGCAGAGCACCAAGAACCUGGUCAAAUGGUUCCGAAUCUGGAAGGACAAGCACAGGGUGUACGAAGCCUAAAACCCUGGCAACCCAUCACACGAAGAUCAUGAGAGACAAAAAGACGACAAUACCACCAGGACUGUUUUUGUGAAGUACAAGAUGUAACCUGCAAACAAACUGUACUUCUCCCUCUUCUGCCUGAGAUCUCUCAAGCACAUUAAGAGAUAUCUACUGUAUAGUUCGUAUAUAAACAGGUGGGCUUGUUUUAGUCAGCCAUCAGUCUAGUCACAGUCACUCACCACUCCUUUACAACUGUAGUUAUACUUGUCAAAUAGUGGACGAGACACCAUUGUCUGUGUUCAAACAGUUGUAGGUUUGUUUGGUUAUCAUUUAAAGGGACUUUGCUUUUGGCUUUUAGGCUUCUUUCAAAGUGAAGAAUGUGUUAUUCUGGAGAAACGGGGAAAACCCCCCUUUUAAAAAAUACAGUCUCAGAUUUUCACUGCUCUGUAUUCAACACGACAUGUUUGAUAUUUGUACAAUGCUAGCAUUUAGCAUCUGGUUGCCUGUGUUUAAGAGGUGGUAGCUGAAACGCAAGGACAGUCGGUCAGUGUGUGGUGACUUAUAAUACAAAAGUUGGUUCUUGCUAUUGUUCAGUCAGAUAGAGGGGAUCCACCACUAUGUGUGUGUGUGUGUGUGCGUGCGUGUGUGUGUGUGUGUGUUUACCAUGUCCAUGCUAGUCAUACGUGUCAAGCACACCACUCUGCAGCAAACAUUUUGUAAAAAUAAUAUCUCACUUAACCUGCAGGGUUUUAGUUUCAACAGACAAUAAAUAAUACAAAUAGUGCAUUUGUGCCAUUGCUACAUACAGUAAAGUCUGUGGAUUUGAAUUCAUUCAGAAACUUGACUUUUGAAUUCUUUAUGAAAACAUACUUGCAUAUAUAUUUUCACUGGUUAAAACAUUUUAGUUCCACCUCUUGAAAUAAAGCAAUGACGCAAUAACUGACACAUAACUAUUGAGCUAUGAGAGCAUCCUUAAAGGCUGUCAAUAUUCUAUAUUUUUUAUUAUUGUUAAUAAAUACCAUGAACAUAACAAAACCAAAACUUCCUGACUUCCCUAUGUUGUCAGAAACUCAUGCUCCACCCGUUUAAAAACAAGAUGGUAAUACUAAUAAUUUCCUAAAACAGCUGGGCACUGUAGCUUUUAUCAAAUGUUACUCAAACAGGAGUGAAUAAUAUAUUUUAUGGGGAUUAUUUUCAGUGCAACAUUGUGGUUCAUGGGUGUAUUUUAACAAUUGUGGGAUCUAUUGGGACAAUAGAGCUCUAUAGUAUGGAGAAUUAAGAUAUAAAAGGUACAAAGGCAACUCUUAUUAAUAGGAUAUAUUCAUCACUGGUUUUGGUCUUUUCAUGGGAUUCUUUGACAAUAUGAAAGAUACAGAAUAUCCUCAGAGUUAUCAUUUAAAAUGGACUAUGGACUGUGUGAUUAGGUUGGUAUGAAACUGAGGAUUACUAUAGCAAAGGAAUUCAAAAUGUUUUAUUUUCUGCAUUAAAAAGGGACAAUUUGACUAAAAAUAAAAAUAUUCUUAACAUAUACACUGGCCACACACAAAACAACAUGAUUACAUUACAGCACAGCUAAUGAUUAUUUCACUGGCUCCUGCAGUCUAUGUGGGUUGAUGAUACUCUACUUUUUUAAUAAUCCUAUCUUUCCUCCAGUAGAUCUCCUCAACAAUAAAUGUGUUAUUAUUUUGUAUGCUGUGGAUACACUUUGUAAUAAUGACUGUCGGGUGAUGUUUUGUUGCCACCAAACAGAAUUCACACAAAUAUAUCUGCAUAUAUACAAAACACCACAUUUUCUUUACCUUUUGAAGAAUGUGCAUUACUCUUGUUUUAUAUCUUAUAUAUAAAUAUAUAUAAAGAAGCAUUUUGUAAAUGAACCAUUAUAGCCUAUAUGUUAGUGAGAAUGAAUUCACCUUAAGACUUUAUAGUGUCAUGUAUAUUGUAUUACUGAAUUAUAGCUGUUUUGCUAUUUAAAUCUUGGUUUGGUAACAGAUAUUUGGAGGGUGAGUGUUUGGAUCGGCCCACCAAACACACAGUCAAACAUUCCAUUGAGUGUAAAACAAUAAACACAGCAAUAAAGUGUCUAUAGAGCA